CGGAUAAAUAUCCACCUCGAACUCCUCUAUUCCCUUAUCAUUCUCUAACAGCUGUCACGGCCGCCGCCGCCGCCGCUGCCGCAACUCUUCCGGCGUCUCUGUCUCUUCGUCUACGCCGAUGAGGCAAGAAGUGUCCGAGGAGGAAGCCAAAUGCUUAACUAGGUGGGACUGGGAGGAGCAGCUCCCUUCGCCUCAAGAGCUGGUGCCCCUCUCGCAGGCCCUCAUCGCCCCUGAUCUCGCCCUCGCCUUCGGCAUCCCCUCCUCCUCCGCCACCUCCGCCUCCUUCUCCUCCGCCGUCCUCCUCCGCCACGACGCAUCGGAUCUCUACGCUUCCGGCGGCGGAGGGGAGGAUGAUCCGGAGCCUCCCAGGACGCUGAAGCGGCCGAGGCUGGUGUGGACGCCGCAGCUGCACAAGCGGUUCGUGGACGCCGUCGCGCAUCUCGGCAUCGCCAACGCCGUGCCCAAGACCAUCAUGCAGAUCAUGGGCGUCGAAGGCCUCACCAGGGAGAACGUGGCGAGCCACCUCCAGAAGUACCGGCUCUACCUCAAGCGCGUGAAGAUGCAGGGCCUGGCCGCCGCCUCCCCUUCCGCUUCGCCGCACCCUUUUCUCGCCCGGGCAGCGCCGGCGGAUCCCUUCUUACCCUACAUGCCCGCGGCGAUGCUGCAGCAGCAGCACCACCACCACCACCACAAAAACCCAGAUCCGACGCAGCAGCACUACUACCAUCAGAACCAAUUGUUCCUGAAUCGACCUGCCCAGGGGCAGCCCGUAGCGCGUCCGGCGGCGGCAAUGGGGUCGGGAAUGGUGUUCGUGCCGGCGCAAACGACAAAACCAGCACAAUCCGCUCCUCUGGUGAAUGAUUCGGAGUGGAACAGGAAGGGCGAAGACGACGACGCUGCCAAUGGCGGUGCGAGGAAGAGGGAGCUGACCCUUUUCCCAACCGGAUAGGUUGGAUUCCGCCGCUGCUCUCCUUUGUCUCGUGGCUAGUUUUGUACUUUUUCUUGAAGCUUCCUCCCUGUUUUUUGUUUUGAAUUCUGUGAUCUCUUUCUUGAUCAUCGCCGGCGGUGAGCGUUGGGAGAAGGAAGGAUCGGCAGCGAUUUUUUUUUUUUUUAAUUAUUUUUUUUGAAUCCUGUAUCCAGUUCUAUCGGCAGGCAUCGUAUUGCUAGUUAACAGAGUGGUGCUUGUCCCUUAAUUUACCAAACUGAUGUAAAUCUACAGCUUGUUGUUGAUAGGAUAUCCAUCUUCAUAUCA